AAGCCGUGCCGGAUUUGGGCGCCUCCAUUGGCUUUCUCUUGCAUAGAGUAUGGAACGGCAGCACGAGCGCAUACCAGCGACCUUUCCGGGUUUCAUACAAUGGCCAUAGAACAUAUACAUACAUACACGCAUAAGACACGAGACGAUGCGACACGAUGCGAUGCGAAGCGAUGCCCGCUAGCACCCGUCGCUCUCCCACUCCAACAUUUCGCGGGCCAGCUCCGUUCCCAGCUCGUUUACCAACGAUCGACCGCCCCUGUUCAGAAACGAAGCAAAACGGUCCCUCGAAAACGCCACGAUCAUGUUGUGUCCGGUCGGCACGCGGAGGGUCAACCGGUCGCCGCCGCCGUUGUCAUCGUCCCGGGCCAGCCGCUCGAUGGCACCAACAACGUCCCUGGAGGGGAUCGCUUGGUCCCCGCCUAUUUCUCCAAGGCCGACAACCCCCUCGUCGUCGGAUCGCGAUCGCCGCCCCUGCGUGGUUUGCAACGAGCCGGGGAGCUCGAUCGAGAACAUUUCCUUGCGGAGAUCCACAAAGACCUUUUUCCAGCCCAGCUUGUCGAGGGCCACCGACAUUUGGUGCAGUUCUUCGGACCGCCCUCCCCUCGGUGGAGGGAUACGGCAGCUCUCGGCGCGCUCGUCGCCGCCGUCCUCCGGCCCGGGAGACGUGCUCAGCGUGGCCACGAUCGCCCCGUUGGUGCGCCCAGUCUUGCACGCUUCGUCUUCCGGGAGCUUGCGGUGGGGGACCCCCGAGGCCUCCGACAAAAAGGCCGCGGUUUCGACCGGGACGGGAAAGUCCGUCCCGUAGCAAUUGGCGCAGGCGACCCGCUUCCGAAAGGCCGCGAGCGGUUCCAGAAAGGCGGCCUCCGUCGCCAUGGCGUACAGCAGGCCGUUCGUUCGAAAGAGAUCGCUCCCGGUCUGCCCCAUGGUGAAGGCGAUGCACAGCUCUGCCAGCCUCGGAACACGGAUCCAUGUGUGCUCCGAGACGCCGAGGUGGGGGGAAGCCGUCGUGCAAAAAAGGUUCAGACCCAGCUUAUACCUCCCGUCGAGGAUCCAGGAGGGAUUUGCUUUGGUGUCCUUUGCCUCUUCUUCCACACAGUGCCGGCUGAUCAGCUUGGCAAUGGCAUAUCGUCCGUACAAUCCGCCCAUGGAAUUUCCCAGGAUGCUGAUCGUGAUGCUUCGGGGUGGUCGUUGUUUUUCGUUUUCGCUGGUGGUGACCGCUCCGGACUCGGGUUCGGGGUGCCUCCGCUUCAUUUCGGUGUCGACUACCUCCCGGAUUUCGGUGAUCAGACGAUCGCCACCGUUGAUCACCCCGUCUCCUGUCCGUCUCUCGUUGCAGAGGGCGGUGUGCACCACCACGUCGCAGAGCUUCCGACGCUUCUGUUCCGAGCGCAAACUCGAGCGCGAACUCUCCCCGUCGAUCGGGGCCGUCUCCGAAACGAGAACGAAAUCGUCGUCGUCAACAUCCGCAGUCUCCUGUGACGAAUAUGAGGAGCCGUUGCCGCUGUUUCCGAUCUGUUCUCGGCAGGCUUGCUUGAUAACCGUUUCAAGGUACGACAGGUCGAUGCCGAGGCCCUGAUAGCCGUGCACAAUGAAGAAGAAGUGGGUGAUUUCGGUCCCUGACACAACUCCUUUUUUGCCGUCCCUCGCAUUCGGCAGGAAUGGUUCGGUUUCGGUCCCGCUUUUGUCCUCGUCGUUGGCAUCAUUUGGUUUUAAACCGUACGGUGGAACCAGCGAGGGGUCCCGCAGAAGUGAUAGGAACGAGCCAGCAUUUUCGAAGGGAGGAAAGACGAGACGAAAGGAAGACACCACGGGUGUGACAAAGAGAACCCCCGCGAGCCAGUGCAAGGCGAAUAGAGCAACGAUGCCCAU